CUUGGCCAAGAUUGGUGGCAUCCACGAUCUUUUUGCCUUCUCUUCCCCUAAUGUAGUAAUCGCUCAUUUUUGUUCCGCUCAUGAUGAGACAAUCGUCAGCUGACCUUUAUCAAUUGUUUGUUGUCUUUUGUCUUUUGUCCUGAACGAUCUUUUGUAUCAUGAAGCUCCACUCAGCGCCCACGUCGUCGUCGGGCAUGGUGAAGGUUUCGGCCUUUCGCUUGUUUGUCACUGCCUUUCUACUCUGGGCAAGCUUUCUGGUCUAUACUCACUCGGUGUUUCACGCCGUUGCGAAACAAAAAGGUGCCCAUCCGAUUGAUGGAUACGUGAGGAAAGAUCGAAUAUCCACGACCUGGAAACAGGAUGCACAACAGCAAGAAAGGGAGCCCGCCAAUGAUGUCCAACAGCAAGAAAGGGAGCCCGCCAAGGAUGCGUACGAGCAAGAAAGGGAGCCCGCCAAGGAUGUAUACGAGCAAGAAGAUCCCGUGAUUGAAGAAGCCGACAAGGGGAUUCCCAAGGACGAGGCUAGUAAACUGUGUGUCACUUCUCCACAACGAGAGAAGUGCAUUCAUGAGGUCAUGGCUACCAACGACAUGGAAGUGGCCAAGAUAUUUGCCAAACUCAUUCUGGCGGACGAUCACCGAAUUGCCCUGGAAACGGGCCACCAAGGCUCUGUCACUAUGCAUGAUGCCAAGGCAAAGGCAAGACCCAACUUGAUGCGCAUGACCGAGCAGCAAGCCAUUGCGGCCUGUUUGAUGGUGCACCCAGAUGACCGAGAAGAAUGCAAAAAUCACGUUUUGGGAUUUAAUGAUCCUGAUACGGCCCAGCAUUAUGUUCAUCUGCUGCAGGAUCAGGAGAAUUUAGCCGAUGAAGAGGAUGCAACUCCCAUGACCGAAGCGGAGAUCAAGUCCUUGUGUGCUCCAACCAAGGCCAACCAAGACAUGUGUAUCACGGAUGUGCGGGCUUUGAAGAACAAGCAUGUGGCAGAGCACUACAUUGAGCUCUUGCAAAAUGCCCACGACACAGCCUCGUUGGUGUCUCAAAGAGAUGCUGAAAAAUUAUGCAACCAUUUGAAUAUCAAGCAUCGAGCAAAAUGCAACGAUAGUCUCAUCACGAUGAACGCUAAGAAUGCAGCCCUCCGUUACAGUGCGAUGCUCAAGGCACAAUUGAAAAACAAACCUCGAUUGACAGAAAAGGAAGCCAAGUCCGUGUGCGCUGAAGUGCCUGACAAGCUCAUGGCAGAUUGUGUGAAGCAUACUCAAACAAUGAAUGAUCCUGAGGUUGCCCAAAGGUAUGCUCAGCUGCUAAUCGACAGUGAAGAAGACGGGGCUGCAAGCAAUGCCAACGCCAACAAUAAUGCCAACGCCAACGCCAGCGUCGAAAAAUAUCCCAAGAACAACAACGACAAGCCCAAUGACAACAACCAGGGAGUUGGUAAGGAUGCAGCUAACGGGUUCUGUGUGAAAUCAACUCAACGAGAGAAGUGCGUACACAAUGUCAUGGCCACGAAUGAAAUGAAAGUAGCGCAAAAAUUUGCAAAACUGAUUUUGGACGAGGAGAAACAAGCCAACGCACAAGGUGACCGAAAUGGUGUCACGAUGCAUGAUGCCAAGGUGGCUUGUGCACUGGCCAUUGAAAAGGUGCAGUGUAUCCAUGAUGUAUUUGGGACGGGAGAUCUGGAUGCUGCAGAAAUGUACGACAAUAUGGACCCCGCAGCCGCUGCAGGGCGAGCGCCCAUGACUGAAGAGAAAGCCAAAAAGGCCUGUGUGAUGGUUCACAAAGAUGAUCAGGAAGAAUGCAAAAAGCACGUCAUGGGAUUUAAUGAUGCUGAUACUGCAGAGCAUUACAUUCAUUUGCUGCAGGAUCAGGAAAACCUAGCGGAUGAGGAGAAUGCUACGCCCAUGACAGACAAUGAUGUCAAAUCCCUAUGUGCACCGAUUACUGCCAACCAAGAAGGCUGCAUGAUUGAUGUGCGGGCUUUGAAGAACAAACAUGUGGCAGAGCACUACAUUGAACUUCUGCAGAAUGCUCAUGACUCAUCGUCUUUGGUAUCCCAACGAGACUCCGAAAAGUUGUGCAACCAUCUGAAUAUCAAAUAUCGAGAAAAAUGUACGGCGAGUCUGGUCACUAUGAAUGCCAAGGAUGCUGCUCUCCAUUACAGUAGCAUACUCAAAGAACAAUUGAGAGUCAAACCCCCCUUGACACAGAAAGAAGCGGAGUCUGUGUGCAAUGAUGUCCCUGGCAAGCUCAAGGCGGAUUGUGUGAAGGAUGCUUUGACAAUGAACAAUCCAGAGGCUGCCCAAAGGUAUGCUGAGUUGCUGGCGGCCACUGCUGAAGGGAGGUAG